AAACAGUCCAGCUCAGCUCCUAAGCAAUCCAAACAGGAGGGACGGGCAUCAGUUUCACGCUAAAGGCAAACCAGCGCCGCUGCCAGCACUCACGCAUCUUUCACGCCAACGGCAUCAGUAAUUCGCAGGACUCUCGCCUUCUGCUCGCCGACUAGCCGGAGACGCACUCACGCACGACGCACCCUAAGCUGCUAGGCUGCACCGCCUGCACGGUGACUCGCCCGCUCGCCGGACUGUCUUCCUCUCUCUUGGACUCCAAUCUCCAGAAUCCGGCAGCUUCUGCUUUUCCUCUCUUCAAGGUCGCUGCUUCACAGCUUCAGUCAUCGAGCAGACCCGCAGUUCUUCUAGGUAUGGCGAUUGGCGUUCUCACUCGUUCUCUAAUCACCGCCGGGAAGCAGGCCAUCAACACCGCUUUCACACGCUCGUACUCUUCUAUUACUCCGUGUCGUAACCUCUUCUUUCCUUCCUCCGUCCUCCGCCUACGCCCGUUGGUCACGGUUGCCCCCCGACACCUUUAUCCAGCCGCUUAUGCGACGUUGCGAGGGUUUGCGACUCGCCAGACCUCUUCAUCACUCAAUGAUACCAACCCUAACUGGUCAAACCGUCCCCCAAAAGAGUCGAUUUUGCUUGAUGGGUGCGAUUUCGAGCACUGGCUUGUUGUGGUCGAGAAGCCCGAGGGUGAUCCAACUAGAGAUGAGAUUAUCGAUAGAUACAUCAAAGUUCUGGCCAAGGUUGUUGGAAGCGAGGAAGAGGCUAGGAUGAAGAUCUACUCUGUCUCAACUAGACACUAUUAUGCAUUUGGGGCUCUCGUGUCAGAGGAACUUUCUUACAAAUUGAAAGAGUUACCAGAAGUUCGAUGGGUGCUCCCUGAUUCUUACUUGGAUGUUAGAAAUAAAGAUUAUGGAGGUGAACCUUUUAUAAAUGGACAGGCUGUACCAUAUGAUCCCAAAUAUCACGAGGAGUGGGUGAGGAACAAUGCCCGUGCCAAUGAAAGAAACAGACGCAAUGACAGGCCUCGUAACUCUGACAGAUCAAGGAACUUCGAAAGAAGACAGCAAAUGAGUAAUCAGAAUUUCCAGAACAAUGCUGGUCCGAGGCCGAACGUCCCACCUUCAAUUGGUCCACCAACCCCACAGGGAAGCCCUGUUGGCCCCAACCAGAACAACUAUGCCCCUGCACCAAACCAGAACAGUGCUGCUCCCUGGCCUGGCACCCCGAACAACUCUCCUCCAUCUGGCCCCAGCCAGAAUAACUACUCCCCUCCUCCUCCUCCUAGCCCAAGUCAGAACAAUUACUCUCCUCCUCCCCCUGGCGGUCCUUCCCCAAACUACCCUGCUGCCCCUGGUCAUAGCUACUCUCCUCCAGGUGGGCAGAACUACCAUCCUGGCCCUGGGCAGAGCUACUCCCCGCCGGGUGGGCAAAACUACCCUCCACAGGGUCCUGGGCAGAACUACCCUCCCAGUCCUGGGCAGAGCUACUCUCCUCCCCCUCCUCCUCGUCCCACUUACUCUCCUCCGGGUCCUGCGCAUAACAAUUAUCCUCCCCCUCCUCCUCCAGGCCAAAAUCCGAACUAUGCUCCAGGAUCGAACCAAAGCUAUGCUCAAGUUCCUAACCAGAACUUCACCCCAGGGGGGCCUAAUCACAACAACAACUUUGGGCCAAACAUGGAUGGCAGAAGCUCUUACUAGAACCCCAGUCCAUGGCCUCUCCUGAGUGUUAAUAGACCGCUGCCGUGCAGACAAAGUCCUAGGAGUUUUGCUUGAACUGUGUAGGGAUGCUGUUUGGUUUCAUGUUUUUUUACUAUUUAAUCUUGAAUUAGUGCAUUUCAUUAUCCAUGCGUUUCUUUGGGUGAGAGUAGGGGUGGAUUCGGGCCGGGCCGGGUUCGGCCUAGGCACGGGCGUGCCGGCGGGUCUGAAUAGGUGGACCCGGGACCGGCCUGGGUAGCCACCGGGUCCGGGACGGGCCGGGACGGGCCUCGGGCUUGUUUUUUUUUUGCUUACUUACCUAUCCUUGACCCCCCCCCUCACCCCCAAACCCCUCCUAAUUCCUAAACAUCAAGCCCAGCCCAAACUGAGCCCAAACAAAUGAAGAAAACAAAAAAAAAUCAAUUUGGCCCGAACUGGGCCUGGCCUUGUUUUGGGUGACCUGAGCCAGGACCGGAAACCCCUCGGGUUGGGCCUACUCGGACCGGUCACUAACUGGGCCACUGGUACGUGCUGGGCCGGAAUAGUGCUGGUCCCGGGCCGGUUCCGGGUCGGGCCAUCCGACCCGAGUCCACCACUAGGUGAGAGCUGGUGUGCUGGUGGUCCUUUAUUGUAAAACAGGAACUUCAUAAAUUAUUGAGCCAUUCAAUAAA